AUGAAAAUAAAAACCCAUAACACAUAAGAAAUCAAGAAAGAAUUAUAAUCUUUUGAUUCAUUUGAUCUUCCUAAUUGCUAGUUAAUUCAUCAAAAGUAAGUGAAUUUUGAGGAUUUUGACUAAAUUUUGAACCAAGUCCAAGGUUUUAAGGCUUUACGAUUCAACAAUUAGGAAGAAGAGGCAAUUCUUGUUUCUAGGAAUCAAGUAUGCAAGGAAAUCAUAAGAAAAAAUUUACUACCAAUUACUCUGGAUCUUGAGAGGGUAUUUUAUUUAACUAAGGAUUAGAGAUAAAAUUAACUGGAAAAUUAACAAUAAAAUUAGCAUUUUUAAAAAAGAUAUCAAUUAUUAAUGCCCUCAAUAGAAAUUACUAAAAUCAUAAUCAAUAAAAUUCAUUUGUAGAAAAUUCUUGUUUCAUAUAUACUGAUUAACAACCUUUUGAAAAGAGUUAAUCUGAAAUUCAAGUAUAUGAUAACAAUGACGCAGAAGUUGUGAUGCUGAAUAAAUAAUUUAGUCCCAAUUUCAGUGAUGUUUGCAAGAGGAUUUCAUUUACAGGUCUUGAGGAACCAACAAUACUACUUGGAAAAGCAACUUUUUCUAAAGAAUUGCCAAAUGGUUAAAUGCACAACACUAAAUAUGAAUAGUAAUUGAAUUAUUAAUUUUGA